AUGCUUCCGAUGCUUCCGAAGGACCGGCCACGUUUGACCAUCAGCUGGCUGUCUGCGCGCGCCGCCGCGCUGUACGCCGAUGUGAAGUAUGGCAUCUACUACGUCAACACAGACGAUGGCACGAGCCUUUUGUCCGAAAUUGGCGUCUCACUGGGUCCAACUUUGCUGGUGAGGACCAUGGCUAUAGUCACUUUUGAUGGUGGCAAUGAUGAUGACGAUGGCGGCAAGGGUGCUGACACACGGCGUGAAAGCUAUCACUGCGAUCACAACAUGUCUACAGCUGUGACGUUUGUCUUCAAGUCUCAGGAA